AUGUCUGUUUUUGUUUGUUUGUUUCUACAGCGAGAGGAAAAGCAGCUGGAGACCAGCCUGGAGACCCUCAUUGCUCAGGUUUCCGAUAUAAAGAAUUCCUUGGUUGCCUUCAUUCAUAAGCUGGAGAACGAGUAUGAGCGCCUGACCUGGCCGUCCGUGCUGGACAAUUUUGCGCUGCUCUCCGGGCAACUGAACACGCUCAAUAAAGUGCUUAAAAAUGAAAAGAUGCCACUGCUGAAAAACCAGGUCAUCAUCCCGCUUUUGCUGUCACCAGACCGCGAUGAGGAGAUCAUGCGCCUGACGGAGGGAAGAGUCCCGGUCUUCAGCCAUGAAGUGGUACCUGAUCACUUGAGAACAAAGCCCGACCCUGAAGUGGAAGAGCAGGAAAAGCAGCUGAGUGCAGAGGCAGCCCGGAUCACCCCUGAAACGGCACAGAAACAAGUCCAAACCAUGAACAAGCUGUGCAACAACCUGCUGGAGAAGAUGAUAAAGGAGGAAAGGGACUCGGAUGUUGCAAGUUUACGUCAAAAUAAACAAACCUACAACCCUGCAGACACAAAUGCCCUUGUGGCUGCCGUGGCGUUUGGUAAAGGACUUUCAAACCGUCGUCCUCCAGGCCCUGGUGGCCCCAUGGUUGCAGGACAAGCUGGGGCCAGCGGAAUGUUACAGGGAGCUGCGAACAUGCAGCAGGUUUCCAUGUCCAUACCACCUAACCAGCAGCAGCAUAUGACUGGCGUACCAAUGGCACAGGCUGGACAGCCAGGUAAGAUGCCCAGCAGUAUCAAAACUAACAUUAAGUCGGCCUCGAUGCAUCCAUAUCAGCGAUGA